GAUGGCAGCCACGUGGUGGAAGGUAUGGGUUUUGGUCGCGAUUGUGAGUUGGUAUGGGGCGGAAGUGGAUGGAGAAAAGAUGAAACUUGUCUAUCAGUGGUCGCAACUGGGUGGUUCAGAUAAUAGCUCGAAAGGAGCUGCAGGAAUCCUGUUUGAUACCGGGAAUCUCGCGAACUAUCGCGGAGAGCAGUUCAACCCGUAUGGUAACUUACCCAUGGCUGUGACGCAUCAUAAAGGGUUUCUGUACAUAACAAUACCUCGCCGUCGUCCUGGUAUACCGGCCACACUGAAUGUCAUCGAUAUGGCCCGGAAUCCGUCAGUGAACAAUCCUGUGUUAGAAGCAUACCCCGAUCUGCUCACAAAUACGAUGCACUUGGAUUAUUCGGACGAUCCCAAACGUAUCAUUUCGGUCUACCGCACGCAAGUUGAUCGGUGUGAUAGGCUUUGGUUUGUGGAUACAGGCUAUCUGGAGUAUCCUGGCAGCGCUCGACGUGAAGUGCAACGCCCGGCGCUGUGGAUCAUUGAUCUUAGCAACCGUCGUAAGGUGGCGCGAUUUGAUAUACCGAAAGAAAUGGUGGAGUUUGGUUACGGUAUUCCAAACAUCGAAGUCGAUGUUGAUCCUAAUGACUGUCAGCGAGCUUAUGCCUACAUUCCCGACUACGAAUGGCAGCAGUUGUACGUGUACGGACUAAGCGAGCAACGGAUGUGGCAGUUUCAUCAUAAUUACUUUUCGUUCGAGCCACGGUACGGUGACUUCAAUAUUGCCGGCCAACGGUUCAUCUGGCGUGAUGGUAUCUUUUCGGUGGCUGUCGGAGGACCGGUUAGUGUGGGUUCCAGCGAGAAAACGGUCUAUCUGCAUGCGAUGGCUUCGGUGAGCGAGAUCGCAGUAUCUAACAGGGUGCUCCAAAAUGAAACGCUUGCUUUGCGUGGCAAUGAUGCUUACGCUAGCGCUUUCCGCCACCUGGGAUCACGGGGUCCAAAUACGCAAUGUACGAGCCAUGCGUAUGACGAGCGAACUGGUGUUUUGUUUUAUGCUGAAGUAAACCGCAAUUCCAUUGGCUGUUGGAAUACGGCCCGCGUAUUUUCUCCCGAUAACCACGGCAUCGUUCAUUUGGAUAACGAAGAAAUGAUCUAUCCGGCCGACCUAAAGAUCGACGUCAAUGGCGAAAUUUGGGUCAUCUCCAACAGACUGCCUAUCUGGAUCUACUCACAGCUUAAUGUAACCGACAUCAACUAUCGCAUCUGGCGCCAAACAGCCUCACGUGCCAUCGCCGGUACGACCUGCAGUUAAAGCAUAUGCAAUCAGCCCGGACUGCGCAAAGGAACUGCACGCGUACAAUACGAGUAUUUUUAUCGACGGGACUACGGAGAGCUACACACAAUAAAAC